UCUCUAUAGCGGAGGAUCGUCCCGAGUUACCACGGCCACAGUCGAAAUUAUGGCUAAACCUUGCCCAUUUCUACAAUUUAUAUUCUUAAAAUCUGAUGUUAACCCUAACCACACUGCUAACCGUAUGCCUAACACGAACCUUAAACUAAGACCUAUUUUUUGUUUUCAUAAAUGUUUAUGAUACCACCAAUUUUGACUGUGGUUUUGGUAACUAGUGAAAACCUCAGCGGAGUUACACGUGGUCACGUCACGUGCGUCAUUAUUCAAGAUCAAGAUGGCAGCUUCCGUGUGUCGGUGUUAUGAGCUGGUCGGAAGACGUCUUCUGCUCCUGCCAUCCCGUGCUGCCGUCUCCUCAUUCAACAGAGGAGAUGCCUACAGGAUAUGUGGGUCUCCGGCUGUCCCUGUGCAGGUGCGGUAUGCAUCAGAACGACCUAGUCGUAAAGGCUUUUUCGGGGAGUUUGUGGAGAACCUGAGGCAGGAGUUUGGGAAGGACAAGGAGAUGAAGGAGAACAUCAAGAAGUUCAGAGAGGAGGCCAAGAGGCUAGAGGAGUCGGAUGCCCUGCAACAGGCUCGGAGGAAAUUUAAAACCAUUGAGUCUGAAACCGUUAAGACCUCUGAGGUGUUCAAGAAGACCUUUGGGACUCUGUCUGAAACUGUGAAGGAGGGCCUUGAGGAGGUGACCCGUACAGACCUGGGGAAGAAAAUCAAGGAGGGGGUGAAGGAGGCAGCCAAGACUGCCAGGCACUCGGUUGAGUCUGUGUCCAAGGGGGGAGAGAAGCUGGGAGCGACCAGCGCCUUCAGGGCCAUCUCACAGGGGUUGGAGUCAGUGAAGAGAGGGAUUGAUGUGGUGGACGAUGGAACUUAUAGGGCUCCUUCUCAACUCAGGAAGAGGAGGGAAUUCUCCGCCAAGGGACGGGAGAGCGACAACCGAGUGUUUGAGGCCAACGAAGAGGACGUGGGUGUUGUGCUGCACAAGGAUUCUAAGUGGUACACACAGUGGAAGGACUUUAAAGACAACAACGUGGUUUUCAACAGGUUCUUUGAGAUGAAAAUGAAGUAUGACGAGAGUGACAACGCUCUUGCCAGAGCAUCUCGAGCCGUGACCGACAGAGUCACCGAUCUACUAGGUGGUCUCUUCUCUACCACGGAGAUGUCUCAGGUGCUGACGGAGAUCUUAAAGGCAGAUCCCAGCUUCGACAAGGACUCCUUUCUCAAACAGUGCGAGAAGGACAUCAUCCCCAACAUCCUAGAGGCUAUGAUCCGCGGGGAGCUCGAGAUGCUGAAAGACUGGUGCUAUGAAGCCACAUACAGUCAGCUGGCCCACCCCAUCCAACAGGCCAGGGCCCUGGGUCUAACGUUCCAGUCCAAGGUCCUAGAUAUAGACAACAUAGAUUUGGCGAUGGGGAAGCUCAUGGAUCAAGGCCCCGUGUUGAUCAUCACCUUCCAGGCCCAGGUGGUCAUGGUGAUUCGUAGUCCCAAGGGAGACCUGGUGGAAGGAGAUCCGGAGAAGGUGUUGAGGAUGAUGUACGUGUGGGCUCUGUGUCGUGACCAGGAGGAGCUCAACCCCGACGCGGCCUGGAGACUACUGGACAUGUCUGCCUCCAGCACCGAGCAGGCUCUUUGAGAGAUGAGGGACCAGACAAAGGGACGCUCCCGGGACACACACACACACGUCCAGGAUCUACACACACAAGCCAGUGUACACCGCAACAUCACACAUAUCCAGGAGCCACACUGUAUGUCAAGAGGACGUGGCGGCAUGUCACUUUCCAGAUGCGUACUAGAGUGGUGUGCUUGUGGUUAGUCCUUAGGACGCAGAUGGGAUCUUCUACUUGUGUGUGUGUGGUCUUGGAACGAAAUAGAGUGUAUAUGGACACGAAGUGAAAGGACAGUUUGUUUUCAGUUGUGCACCGGGGCCUCCCACUCAUCUUUUUAUUCUGGUUAGAGCAAGUUUGCGUUGUUCUGUGAAGGGAGUAGUACACAGCGUUGUACGAGAUCUUCAGUUUCUUGGCAAUUUCUUGCAUGGAAUAGCCUUCAUUUCUCAGAACAAGAAUAGACUGACGAGUUUCAGAAGGAAGUUCUUUGUUUCUGGCCAUUUUGAGCCUGUAAUCGAACCCACAAAUGCUGAUGCUUCAGAUACUCAACUAGUCUAAAGAAGGCCAGUUUUAUUGCUUCUUUAAUCAGAACAGUUUUCAGCUGUGUUAACAUAAUUGCAAAAGGGUUUUCUAAUGAUUAAUUAGCCUUUUAAAAUUAUAAACUUGGACUUGUGGUCCCGUGUGGCUCAGUUGGUAGAGCAUGGUGUUUGCAACGCCAGGGUUGUGGGUUCGAUUCCCACGGGGGACCAGUACGGGAAAAAAUGUAUGAAAUGUAUGCACUCACUACUGUAAGUCGCUCUGGAUAAGAGCGUCUGCUAAAUGACUAAAAUGUAAAUGAUUAGCUAACACAACGUGCCAUUGGACCACAGGAGGGAUGGUUGCUGAUAAUAGGCCUCUGUACGCCUAUGUAGAUAUUCCAUUUUUAAAAAAUCAGGCGUUUCUAGUUACAAUAGUCAUUAACAAUGUCUACACUGUAUUUCUGAUCAAUUUGACGUUUUAAUGGACAAAACAUUUGCUUUUCUUUCAAAAACAAGGACAUUUGUUUGAAUAGUGAUAUUUAUGCUUUUUACAGAAAGGCAAAAAACUAUAAAGAUAAAUAGGAUAUCUAUGUAUGUUUAAAGAUCCAUUGUGUUAUGUGUCCAAAUAUUCAUGGCAAUUCAGACUAACUGUAAAAUAUGUCAAACUGCUUCAUUGAAAGCUAGGGUGGGACCACAGUCAGGCUUGUCGUAAGGCAGCUACUUUUUCAGCUGAACCUCAUUGACAUUGCACUAAUGUUCUCAGUCCUUCCAGAUGUACGUAUAUGGUACUGUACGAGAGAUGACUGUAAUGCAUGUUUAUGGCUGUUUUUAGAUUUUAAAAUUACACUUUAUUUUUUGACUGCAUUACAAGAUUUUCACAUCAGGAAACUGGAAUACUGGUAACAAAGCGUCAAUAACAGAAAGUAAUAUUUCAGGAGGUGUUGUAGCCAACUGAUUUGAGUGUUACAUUCAGAGUUGGUUCUAGCAUGGGGAAAUGUGUAGUCUCAUGACAACGGGCAUAAUCAUAUUUCAGCCGUCUAUAUAGAUGUAAAUCUAAUGCUCUGAGAUCGAUUAUUCAUCAAAACAAGGACCAUCAUUCUAACAAAAAUAUGGUUUAAUAUUGUGACCUCUAGAUUAAAGGAUAUAAACCUGGA